ACCGAUGAUGAUGGCAUUACUCGAGCGGACUUUGACAAGGCCCUUGAGCGCGUAUUAGUUGGACCUUCACGGCGAUCAAACCCAUUAGGACCACUAGAGAAACGCAUGGCUGCUGUUCAAGAAUCAGGCCGAGCCCUGGUUGCCUGGUUAACGCCAGGUGCCCAUAUUCAGCCAACGAAAGUAUCUAUUAUACCGCGAGUUUCUGAAGCUACCACUUCCCUGGGCUACACGCAGCUAGUUCCUGAGGAUCGUCGUUUGUUCACGAUUGAUGAGCUUGCCGAUCGGAUGACCGUUCUUCUCGGUGGUAGGGCUGCUGAACAAGUCGUGUUUAACACCGUCUCAGAUGCUCUCUUUAAUGCCUACGCCUCGGUACCAUAA